AUGAGCGCGACGCAGGAUUCGACCAUGAACCAAUACGCAGCCCACACCGGUGCAGUUCCGAAUGCCGCCGCUGUUGUUUCGGUCAACGAGCCAACGACCCGUAUCAAUGCGCAAACAACCAUUACUGCCGAGAGACCCAUCAAGGCCACAAUUGAUAGUUUCCGAGAAAAUGACAUCAUCGACUGGUUUACGACGACAAUGGGAACGAAUAUCGCCUAUGAUGUCAAGGACGCCAACGAUGACAUUACCCGCGACACUUCUCUUAUGCAUCUGGGCAUCGCCGCAUUUAGCUUGGGCACAUAUGACGACGAAGUUGACUACGGCAUAGAUCCAAGCAAUGACAAGAAAGCCUGCGGUGAUCCAGAAAAAUCGUACGACUCUGACCGACAGUCCAAGGGUCAGGCCAUGGAAGAAGUACAUGAAAGCAAAUUUGACUAG